CGACGGUGCGGGUCCACUUAUGAACCACGCACGCAGUUUCAGGUUAUGUGACAUUGUGCAGGACGCUCGUGCACCAACGUGAGUUACGUUAAAGGUCUCGACUGGCGGAGGUCAGGGGGCGUCGGGGGGGGGGUUGUGAGAAGGGAAGAGGGUCGCUGCAGGAAACGCGCCCCGGCCGCUGGUUUUUACGCGGUUACCAAAUGGCUUUUUUCACUCUUCUGUCUUCGAACUUCUGUCCCUGUGACUGAAAGUCCGCCCGGGCAGCCGAGGACAGGACCGACGCCGCGCGCACCGACGAUCACGGUUGUUUGUUUGUUUGAAAUUCACCCGCGGAUCCCGGAGGAGGAACGCGUUCUCGUGCCCGUGAUUGGAUUCCGCGUGCUUCCACCUGCGUCCGCGUCGCCUGGACUUAAUUAACCCCAAAAAGCGCCGAGCUGACGGUUCACAGGUGACUGUCCCCACGCGCCAUGUACACGAUCACAAGAGGUCCCAGCAAACUGGCCACCCAGCGCCGGACAGGGCCUACUCAGCAACUCGACAACAAAAUAAACGACUUCAAGCACAAACAAUCGUCCUGGAGUUUACCUGACCUCCCGGCACCCAAGAUAGUUUUCAGCCGGCCGAAUGGUAAGAAGUACCAUCACCCUGCUCCGGCGCUCGCUGCAGGCGAGCAGCAGCAGGAGAGCUUCACACCCGUGCACGAGGAAAACGUCAGAUUCGUGUACGACGCUUGGCAGGAGGUGGUGCAGCAGGAGCAGGGGCCCGAGGAGGCCCCGGGAGCCGUCCACUACGAAGAAUCCACUCCAAACCCGCACAUGGACGGCUUUGUUCCCAUAGAUCUGGAUGAAUGGUGGGCCAAACGUUUCCUAGCAAACAUAGACAAGCUGUCCUGACACUCUUCUGGGAGUUGUGAAUCUGGACAGACGGGACUGGGCAGGAGGCCGAGGCGGUUUAAAAAGGACGGACAGCGCUGGGACGCUCGCAUAAAAAAAACUGGAACUUUUGUCUUUGAACUGCAUCGCUAUCAAUGUUCUUCCUGCGUCAGAGUGCACACAACGAAAUUUCUUCUAUCUUUCCAACAAAGAUGGUAUGUUCCUUUUUUGAAAUGCAGUAAAAUUGUAUUUUCAAGUUGUCA